UGAAUCUGGUAUUAAUGUAAAUAUAGUAACAGUGUGAGUGGGCCAAGGGGACAGCAACAUUAAUCCAGGGUUGGUGUCGGGAAGCUCCUCAAACCCUUUGGUGCACACAUGCUGGGAGAGUGUGAGAACUGCGGAUCGGAAUCGAGAGUGUGGCGCUGGAAGGCCACAGCCAGCCAGUAUCCGAGGAGCAGGGGAAUCGACGUUCCGGAUGCGUGUGUGAACAGGAUGGCCUUUCUUGUGAAGAAUCUGCUCCAGGUGAUCAACAAGCCUCUGUGGCAGUUGAGCAAGUGUUCAGUCCUCUGUAGGCCAUCCGUCUGUUUGGUGACACAUAAGCCUCUGAGUAUGGUUGUCACAAUGAAGCCCAAAAUUGGGCCAGAUCCCAUCAAGACAGUGAGAUUUGCUGCCAUGCCGUUUCUUCAACCAUGCCAACUGCAAACUGUACAGGAUCUUGCAGGAAUGAAAACUAAGACUUCUCUAAAGAAGCGAUGCAAGGAUUGCUUCUUUGUGCGUAGACGGGGGCGAUUAUAUGUGUACUGCAAGUCUCAUCCCAGGCACAAACAGAGGCAGGGCUAACCUGAAAAGUUGAACUUUAAUUUCCAUGUUGGUGAUUUGUUAAAACUAAUGUGUAUAAUUUAGUACUUGCCGUUAAUGAUAUCAACAAAUAAAAAUUAUUCUUUGGAAUCAGAA